AUGGCGUUCAAAACCACUGCAUCUGGCAAUCCAGAGCUCGCCGUCGUUCUCGCCGAGUCAUCAGCAGGCGCUCCACGAAAGGGCAGUGAGCUCGGUCCUGACGCUAUCCUUCAGUCGGGUCUUCUUGGGCAUCUCCAAAGUCAUUUUGGCAAAGUUCACGUUUGUAAACUCUCAAGCAGAUCUGGAGCGUCCGAAGAAGACCUUGAUUAUGCCAAAAUGAAAAGACCACGAACCGUGAGCAAGACAACACAGAGUAUCCAUGACCUGGUCUAUAGUCAUAUCCAACAGGGUCGACUUGUCCUGACAUUGGGUGGCGAUCACUCUAAUGCCAUUGGAACGCUGACCGGGACAACCGGUGCCCUCCAUUUGAACCACGGUCAACGUCCGGCGGUGAUUUGUGUUGAUGCACAUGUUUCUAUCAACACUCCUGAUGUGAGUCCCAGUGGGAAUAUCCAUGGAAUGCCGCUGGCUUUUGCAACGGGUCUUGCGAGGUGCCAGGAGAAAGGUAUCUUUGAUUGGAUCCGACAGGACCACCUCAUCGACAUGAAGAAGCUGGUGUGUAUUGGAACUCGCGAUAUUGAUGAUGAAGAGAAAACCUUGAUUGAAGAAAAUGAGAUCAAGGUUUUUGGUAUGGAUGAUAUUCAGAGACACGGGAUCGACUCGAUCAUCACCAUGGCCCUGGAGUAUAUUGGUGAUCAGAGGUCUAUCCACCUUUCUUGCGAUAUUGAUGCUCUCGAUCCUGAGUGGGCGAUGAGCGCUGGACAUCUCGUCCCUGGAGGAUUAUCUCUGCAGCAGGGGGUUUCGGUUGCUCGUCGCAUUCACGAAACUGGUAAUCUUGUUGCGAUGGACUUGGUUGAAGUCAACCCUACCAUCAAUGUCGAUGGAGUUGAUCAGACCAUCCGCUCAGCCUGUGCUCUGAUCACGGGUGCUUUGGGGUUAGGUGCCUAG